UCGGAGGUGACGUCACAGGGGAGCGCUGCGCGGGCUCAAGGUCGCCCGGGGGUUUCGUGCUGCUGAUCGCUGUUCCCCGCCCGAACGUCCGGUUCCUCCGACCCUCCUCUCAGCGCUGCCCCGAUGGCGUCCUUUUUCGCUGCUGUGCCGCUGGCUGCGCCCGUGGUCAUCUUUAAGCUGACGGCCGACUUCAAGGAGGACCCGAACCCCAAGAAGGUCAACUUGGGAGUUGGAGCUUAUCGUACUGACGAAGGGAACCCCUGGGUGUUACCUGUGGUGAGGAAGGUGGAAAAAUGCCUGGCUAAUAAUGAUAGUCUUAAUCAUGAAUAUGUGCCCAUUGGCAUUCCAGAAUUCACCAAGAGUUCUUGUGAAACAGUUCUUGGAAAGGACAAUCCGGCCAUUGCAGAAGGCAGGGUGGGUGGCGUGCAGUGUCUGGGAGGAACUGGUGCACUUCGUUUGGGUGCUGAAUUUCUUCAUGCAUGGUACAAUGGAACUAACAACUCAUCAACUCCAGUAUAUGUUUCUGCGCCGACUUGGGCAAACCACAAUGGGGUGUUUGGUGGUGCUGGGUUCACCAAUAUUCGCAGCUACCGUUACUGGGACCCAACCAAGCGUGGUCUCGACCUACAGGGACUUCUGGAGGAUCUGGAGAAUGCUCCAGAAUUUUCAAUUAUCGUGUUGCACGCUUGUGCACACAACCCAACCGGUACUGAUCCUACUGCAGAGGAAUGGAAGAAAAUUGCCGAGGUCAUGAAGAAAAAGUCCCUCUUCCCAUUCUUUGAUUCAGCCUACCAGGGCUUUGCAUCUGGAAACUUGGAUAAAGAUGCUUGGGCUGUCCGUUACUUUGUGAGCCAAGGUUUUGAGCUUUUCUGUGCCCAAUCCUUUUCUAAGAAUUUUGGAUUAUACAAUGAGAGAGUUGGAAAUCUGUGUAUUGUUGCAAAGGACAGUGACAAUGUGAAACGGAUUCGAUCUCAGAUGGAGAAAAUAACCCGUACAAUAUGGUCAAAUCCUCCGGCGCAAGGAGCUCGUAUUGUAGCCACAACUCUUAAUGAUCCAGAUCUCUUUGCAGAAUGGACAGGUAACGUGAAGACAAUGGCUGACCGAAUAAUUCUGAUGAGAUCCCAACUGAGGGAAAAGCUGGAGAAACUGGGGACCCCUGGCACUUGGAAUCACAUAACCCAGCAGAUUGGAAUGUUCAGCUUCACAGGACUGAACCCUUCUCAGGUUGAAUACAUGGUUAAGAAGAAACACAUCUAUCUCAUGAGCAAUGGCCGCAUCAACAUGUGUGGUCUGACCACUUCCAACCUGGAUUACGUGGCAGAAUCCAUUAAGGAGGCAGUGACGGCCAACCAGUGCCAGUGAACGAGAGCUUGUUUCCAAAGAAAUUGUAGAUGUGACUGUGCAUGUGCUAGUGGGUGAUUCUUGGUGUUGCCGUCUCUCAUGCCUUAUGCAUAACUUCAUCUAAUAUCCAAUUGGGAGGGAAGCCCUGAAAUUAACACUUAAAUAGAGAAGCACUAAUUUAGCUCUGUCCCUUGGUUUACUAUCUAGUCAGGAUAUUUAAUUUUAUCUUUACAAUUGUAGAACAAUUCAAUUGUUUUUAAAUAUUAUUUAAUGGUUAUUACUGCACAUCAUAUUACCUAGAAAUUUCAAUGUACGGCAUGGUUGGUCAGUUUUAAAACUGAGAAUAUUUGAAAAUGUGUUUAUUUUUUCAUUUUUCCGUUAAGCUAGUCCCCAAGGACAGGUUCAUAAUUUUUAAACAAAAAUCUCCCUUUUAACAUAAGCAAAAUUGUCAUGGAAAACUCUCAAAUUAUGAGAGUUAUAAAGUCACACAUCAUGGAAACGGCCCUUCAGUCCAACCGGUCCAUGCUGACCCAGGUGCUACUAAGCUCCUCCCUGUGUUUGGCCCACAUCCCUCUAAACCUCUUUCCAUAUACUUGUCUAAAGGUCUUUGACCUUUUGGUUUCCUUUUUCCGGAGGAAUACCUUGGAAAAGUUAAAUGGCAGGCAGACAAAAUGGCUUUUAAUUACUACAGGAGUGAUGAUGAGAUGGGGCAAAUAAGGCAUUGAAUGCAGUAAUCUGUUGAGAAAAGUUUUUGUCCAUAGGUUGCUGUUUAUUCAAUUGCACUCUAAGCCAAUGGCAAGCUUCAGGGUGAUCUGCACUGUCAGACACCUAGUGGAUGUGAGUAUUCAACAGCAUGCAGUAAUUUUCAAGAUGCAUUUGUAAAUGCACUCAAAUUGAUCUGUCGUGUCAAGACCUUUUUCUUUAAGACUUGAUCCCCAAGAGCAAGGAUUCCCAACCAUUUUUAUACUGUGGACCUGUACCAUUAAGCAAGGAGUCUGUGGACCCCAGGUUGAAAACCCCUGCCCUAGAGUGACCAAGGGUGUUGUCAGUAAACAGUGCAGUCUCGGAGCCAGGGAGCUUAGCCACUGUGAGGGGGCGACUCAUUUACUAUCCGGUGGUAAACUGGCUGAUUGGCUAAUUGCUCGUUUCUUUGACCUGUUUCUUAAUGAACUCUAAUGGAAGCAAAGUUCAUUGAAUAGGAUCAAUACCUCAAGGAGAGAAGUAAUUCCAUCCUGGUUUAUAUGCCUGUUAUACUCGAUUGAGUUGCCAUAAUUAUACAGCCAUUUUGAGGCCUUACAGUGCUGCAGUUUGAACUGUAACCAUUUAGCUAAUGUGACUGAAGGAUCAAUAGGGAAUCACUAAUUUGGGUGUAAUCCAUAUUGAAGAGGUUUAAAGACAUAGUAAGGGCAUUAACCUGUUUGAUUCAGGACGGUUUCUGAAGGGAGCAAUGCAGCAACAUCAGAAUUGAGUCAGAUAAUCCUAAACCUUUACAAAUUAAUUGCAGAGUUUUAGUCUGAAAAUAGUAUUUGUGAUUUGCAUAGUGUUUGCAUACCUAGUCCUGUCUAGUACUUUCAAAACAGUUACCAUGCUGAGUAGUUAUUUUUCAUAGCCGAAGAUAAAAAGCCAUUGGAUAUCAGGUGAGAUAAUCAUUGUUAAUGAACAGCAAAUGAAUGUAACCAGACUGGGGUUGACUUGUUAUUACCAUGUCACUUUAAAGAUAGGAGUUCCUGUAGGGAAUAUUCUCUAGCUCAGUUUACGUGUAAUAAUAAUUCGCUUGAGUCUAAUUUGAGAAAACUAAAUUAAAUGGUUAUGGAAAGGAAGAAAAUAAUUCUGAUUGCACCUUGAAGUCCUUCAUUUCAUGGUUCUGUAGUAUUUGAUGAUAUAAUGGGUGGAUGAUUGACUGCCAAUAAUUGAUCAAAUAACUACCACUGAUCCACUGUAUGCAUUUGCUAUAAACUGCUUAUCGUGUAUUGAGAAAUUCCCAACAAUAUUUGGGGUGUACAAGUCCGCCAAGUUUCAGUCUAUGUAUAAAUAUGUCACAUCGAAACAAAAUAAAGAUUUGAAAAUGAUGA